UGCUAAGGCAGCUCCAUUGUCGAUCUCGGUAAUCCUCGACACACGCAUCGGCGAGGUAGGGCUUGGAUGCUGGACGGAGACGUAACGAUGCGCGUGUUUCUGGCAGCAAGGAAGCUCUUUCCUUGCAUGUACCAUCUUGCUGGCUGACUUGAUUGCUGCCCAAGUUGAUGCUCUCCCCGAUUUGGUUUUAUUGGUCGGCCGCUCUCUUGGUGCUUCACUGCCAUGGCUCUCGUGGAUUAUGCCUCCGAUGACGACGAGGACGAUGCUCUCGCCUCUCCCAGCUCUCCCGUUACUCUUCCAACACCUCCUAGCACCCUAAUCGUCGCUCCGCCACCCCCUCCACCAACUUCUGUCUUGCCUAACCCUGCUCAUCUUUUCGCCACCUCCACGGCGGUUGCCUCCACCAGCAUUUCUUCUCUUUCUAGGAAGCGGCUCCAAUCAAAUGGGAGCGCACAUCCUUCACAUCAUCCCAAAGUCCCGCGCGUUAAUUCUUCAUCUGCCCGGACUUCAGUGGGAAGCACCCUUGUGCCCCCACAGCUGAGAGGAAGGAGUAAUGUGGCGACUGAGGAUCUGGAUAAACUCUUCGUUCACAGGCAACAACGGAGACCAGGAUAGAACUUUCCGUGUAGAAAGCUGAGCGAACUACUUUCAGUAAUGUAGGUUUUUUAUCUGUGUCUAAUGUGAGAUUUACAGAAUCGCUUCAUGACAGCUUUUAAUUAGUUUUCCGUCUUAUACGUUGUAUGCAAAUGCCAAGGUUUAGGAUUACCUGAAUAUGAUUUGUACAGAAUAUCUCUUUCA